CACCGAAGAUUUCUUGGAUUGUCUGUUUACGCAGUCAGUGGCCAGCCAAUGUUUAGCGACUAUUUAUUUUUUAUAUUUAGAAGUCGUAUUAAGCAUAGCGUACGAAUGACUUGUAUAAAUCAGUGAACUCUUGAUUGUGAGUAUAAUGAAAACAGCUGCAUAGGUGUUGGAUACAUCCGUGAUCUUUUCAAUGAGUUCUCACAUCGUCACUCCAGGUCCAUACAGGGCCACUAAACUGUGGAAUGAAAUUACUAAGCUAUUCCGGGCAGGGAUGCCCUUAAAAAAGCACCGGCAGCACUUCAGGGUUUACACAAACUGUUUUACCGCAUCAGCAGCUGUGGAUUGGUUACACGAACUCCUGAAGAACAACAGCAACUUUGGACCCGAGGUCACAAGACAGCAGACUGUCCAGCUGCUGAAAAAGUUCUUGAAGAAUCAUGUUAUUGAGGAUGUAAAAGGUAGAUGGGGCAUGGAAGACGUGGAAGACAACAGCCAUCUAUACAGGUUUCCAUCAACAUCUCCACUGAAGCCCAUUCCUAAUUGCGCCCCUGUUUUGAGGAAGAAGAGCAUAUCUAUGAUGGACAAGGAAGGCUUCUUCAAGUUCAGGGGCUCUAAAAAAUUCAACAAAGAAAUUUUGGAAAAUGUGGAUCCAGAAAUACAAGAGUCUCCAACAGAUUCUGCCUUGGGUGAGCCCGAGCACUGCAGAGAGCUCACAGAGGAGGACAUUCAAGUGAUCUGGAAGAAUGUGACACUUACACAUUUGCAGAAGCUGUUGGGAACAGGGUCUCUUGAUGAUGUUUUGGAUCCAGCCCAAGUAAAUCCUCAGUUUAUUGUAUAUAAUAUGACCAAAGUCAAUAAACAUGGAGUUGUUUCAUUGGAGGACAAGACAGAGGACUUGCCACACUGGGUUUUGUCUGCCAUGAAGUGUCUAGCAAAUUGGCCAAAGUACGAUUCAAACCAGCCAUCUUACCCAGGCUUUGAACGGGACGUGUUUAAAACAGUGUCCGACUAUUUCUACAGUCUUUCUCAGCCACUUCUUACAUAUCAGUACUAUGAACUGUUUGUCAACAUCCUGGUUAUUUGUGGCUACAUCACGACUCCUAAAACUCAAUGUGGAAAACGCAAAAACCAGGAGGAACCAAACUACCCACAGCCAGCCAAAGCCCCACAUCUGAACGCUGUUAACCUGUUCAAAUCAACCGAAUGCCUGCUGAUGAGCUUAAUAAGAAAGGAGGCCUUUGAUGAAACCGAAUCACCCAUGAAGGAAGUUUUCAGCUCUAAAGAACAGUCUAAAUUAGAAACUCUUGGAGCACAGCAGCCUGUUUGUAGAAGCAGAAGGGCUAGUGCUGGAGAUGGACUAGAAGGUAGUUAUCUGGAAGCCCCAGUUGAUAGGCAUCGGCCCAGAAGUUGCUCUCUGGAGAGAAUCAUAGAUAAAUCAGUGGAUUCUUGUUCAAAUUGCAAACUUUUCCAAUCAUCUGAAAGUCUACGGUCCUGCGGCAGCGAUAAAUCAACAUCCCAGACAGAUUUUGUAGUAGACACAAACCUCCAGGUUUCCUCAAUGUUCAUAAACUCCUGUCCAGGUGUGUCUGAUCCAAAGUUCCAAAAUGUUAAAACUUCUAACAACAACAACACAUGCCUCCAACUCCCUUCAGAUCUUCACCGAACCAACCAGAGACCCAGCAGGGCCCGGCCCAGAAGCAUUGGUAACUUAUUUGACAUAGAGGAGAACAGAGAAAUGUCUGCUAGCAGCUAUAGCAUUCACGCUCCUGUGGCUGAAAUUACCAUGAGACCAGACUGUUCCUCCAGCAUUGACCUUAGAGCUCCUGGUUUGGUCAGGUUGCAUGGAAGCUGCAUGGAUGUUAGGGCUGGUCCGAGCAUUAGCAGACGCUGUCAAAGCUCCAUGGACCUGAGCAAACCUGCACCCGCUCGGCCCUCUUUGGCCCCAUUAGCACGCCGCCUGAGUCCUGAGCAAAGUCUGUUGCAGCCAUCAUUGGAGCGGGUGGCCAUUGAGGCCCUGCAGCUCUGCACAUUACUCCUGCCGCCCGCCAGUCGACGCAAACUGCAGUUACUCCUCCGAAUGAUCUCACGGAUGAGCCAAAACGUGGACAUGCCACGACUGCAUGACAUCAUCGGAACUCGUACUAUGUUGGUUCAGACAUUCUCUAGGUGUGUCUUGAGUUGUGAGUUGGUGGAUGAUCUGGAUGAGCUCUUGGCUACAAGGCUUCUUUCAUUUCUCAUGGAUCAUCAUCAGGAUGUCCUGCAGGUUCCGGUGUACCUGCACAAUGCUGUGGAAGAUCACAUCAGCUAUCUCAAAUCACUGACCACAUUCCCAGGCCCUGGUGUUGCAAUGCCGACAUACUCAUUCUGCAGGCAGAUCAGCACUCAGGAGUUUGAAGAGCACAAACUCUCUGUGUCUCAGGCUGCUCUCUCUGAACUUCUAGAGAAUCUCAUCAAGGACAAGAACAUGUCUGUGAAAGAGAAGAAAAAGAAGCUCAAACUGUUUCAGAAGGAAUAUCCUGAUAUCUACUUGAGACGUUUUCCCACAACGGAGAGUGAAGCUCAGCUUUUUGCAGAUAAACCAAAGAUAAAACCGCCAAUGCUGUUAGGUAUCAAGAGACCCAAAGCAUUCAGUAUUCGAAACUGAGUAACUCUUUUACGUAGUUUUUUGGGGGUGACGUUUUUGAGUUUAAAGACCCUUUUAGUUUAUCUAUUGAAGUGAAAGAAUGGCAGUAAACUCUUAAACACUGGGGAUCACCUCAGUGUAAUCUGAUCUGUAAAUUCAGAUGAAGUGUUCAAUACAAAUGUCUGUGAGUUUUAAUGUUAUUUAUUUAAGGUAUGAUUUAUUGUAAGUUAUUGGGAGCUCUCAGUCAUUCAUAGUGUCAUAAUGAGUAAAAAGCACAGGCCCAUGGAAAAUGCAGAUUAGUUUGACAUGCUGCUUACAUGGAGUCCCUUUUUAAACAAUUUUUUUAAACAAUUGUUAUGUUUGUUUUCCAUAUUAUUCUCAUUUUGCUGUUUUUAUCUUUGUGUGCGCACGCGAGCACGUGUGUGUGUGUGUGUGUGUGUGUGUCUCUCUUCGGUGUUCAGAUGCACUAAAAGCGUUUACUCAAACUUGGAAUUCUAAAGACAUAAAUUGAUACAUAAUUGGUUUCUGUGUGACUUGGGAGUUUUAGCCUGUGGGCUAUUUUGCACUAUUUUUUUUUCCAACUGAAAUAUGCAAAGUUUAUUGUUGUCUUUUCUUAACGUGUAUAUAUUUUCUGUCUAGUUAGUAAAAUAUCUUUUGAUUUACUUGCUUAUUGAAAUAAUUUGUUAGCGAUGUUCCUCUUUUAUUGGUGUGGAUGGAUCAUCUUGCACUAUGCCAGUACUAAUUCAGUAUCUUGUGUAAUAAGAGUGAAAGUCUUUGUUUGAUUUAGAUUGAUUUACCCAUACCAUCAUAAAUGGUUAUAUAUUAUAUUCAGUUAACAGGCAUAAGUGAGCCCAAUCUAUUACAUUUUAUGUUGUUUUAUAACUUUAAUUGAUCAACCCAAAAACUUGUACUGUUCCUGUUCUA